AUGGCAGAAAUUGCCUUCAGAAGAGCAGCGGAAAUAUGGACGAACAACACCUGCAUAAACAUCACCUUAGAUAAAGAGGAAGAGGCUGACGAACUCAUUCUUGUGUACAAAGAAUAUGGGUGUUGGGGAGAGGUUGGCAAACAGGACGGAUGGCAAUUCAUCUCCCUCGGCGAAAACUGCGAAACGGUAACGGUUAAAAGAAGCUUCGAAAAAGGU